AUGGAGAAGAGGGGGGGGGGGGGGGGGCCUUACACAAUCAUAGGGAAUUUCUUCGGUAUUUAUUCGUUGUAUUGCCAGUGCAGGGUCAAAUUUGCUUGUUUCAGGUACCGUCAAACAGGAAUACUGUCUCCGGCAUCGUCCCCAGAGCAGCGUCGUACCCGACGAAAGAAGAACGAAUCCCCAGCAGGCACCGACACGCACGAAUACAAGCCUGACAUCAAGCAUGAAUACACCCAUGCCGCCGAGUACGUGACGCACGAUUUCCGUGUGCACUAUGCCGGUGCAGGCGCAACCCAGCAUCCUGCCGAAAUGGCCGCCAUGCAGCACUACACGAUGAUACCAGAGCAUAUGCUGGCGCAAGAGUAUCCGCAGCCAGUGCUGUUGUAA